AUGGACAGUGCAGAAUGUUCAUUGAAUAUCGAUGAUCAUUUGCAUUGCUUAUACUGUUAUAAGCUUGGCUGCGGUUAUGAUAAAUGUAAAUUGAUUACGUGUUCUGAAUGUGAUAUUCGAUUACACCCUUGUAAAUUAGACGAUCAUCUCAUCAUAUGUCCCAAGGUGCGAGUGAAUUGUCCGAAUGUAUUGGGUGGAUGUCCGGUGGUGAUGCGUCGUGACAGGAUAUCGUCACAUUUGAAACAUUGCUGCGCAUCGGUCACAUUAUGUGCUAUCCAAUGGAAUCGACGUAUUCUGAGUAAUUCGGCGAAAAGAAAAAUGAAACGCAUUGCAAAACAACUCGAUAAAUUAUCGUCGGACCGACCAUUCGUUGAUUCUUCGCAAAUUGAUAUUCAUUUAGCAAUCAGAGAUCAGGAUAUGCUGUUAGAAUCUUAUCGGAUAAAGCGAAGCGAGCGUAAACGAUUAUUGGAUUUCAUAAAUCCUUUCCAUCCAGUGAUGCCUCCGAGGAUUCAGUUUGAACCUCAAAAAUCAUUCGUCGAUGAAGACAGCAGUGAUGAAGAGACUAUUUUGAAAAAAAAGUUACUGAAAAAACGUAAAUCACCGUUCGAGAACUGUUACCUGUGUAAAAUCGAUCCAACCAGUCAGCAUCUUCAUACAUUGGGUAAUUUCAUGGAACCGAAAGAAGAAGAAGUUGACAUAAAAAUACCGAUAAAAGUCUCCGUCAUGCCUACAUUUUACGAGCGUCUGAAUCUCUAUAUUGAUAUCGUUAGCGAACACUUAUCGGCAUACGCACGUAAAGGUGAGAAUAUGCAGUGUUUUGGUUCUGGUAUUACUGUAUAUACGUUUUGUUGUAACGAAAUGUUUCGACGAGAUGAAUAUAGUGAUCAUUAUGAGUUGUGUCAUAUGAAUAUGGAUGAAUAUAUUGGACGAUGUCCUUUGUAUGCGGACGGAUGCCCGUUCUCCUACUAUAAACGAAAACCAAAAUGGGGCACACUGAGGUUCAAUCAAUACCUGUCGUGUAUAGUUCACGUUCCAACAGAAUGUCCAACAGAAUCGCGAAUAGAAAUUCCAUAUAAAGGUUUAUCGUUAUCUGACUUACCUGCGGAUGUGUUGUACGAAAUCUUGAAAUAUCUGGAUAGUGGUUCGUUACGAUGUUUAUCUGCAACAAAUCGCCGUUUACGAAGGGUGUGCUUCGAAAACUUCGCUUCAUCAGCGAUGGUUUAUGUCAAAUGGGAACAGUCAGAAACGAGGCAUUGGUCGGAGAAAUGUUUCGCGUGGGAAUUCAGUAAAGGUCAGCAAAAAAUCAGCGAUUGGCAAUAUGAAUCGUCGUCAGUUGUGAGUGAGCAUCUCAAGGAAUGCCAGUUUAAUAUUAUCAAUAAGUGCAGGCGUGGGAAGAUUCCUCUUCCUUGUUUUCCUGAAGCAUGA